AUGUUCCGAAAACUCGCUACUACCGGCCGACGAGCUCUCAACCUUCAGGAAUUCGCUUCCAAGCAGCUUAUGGAAAAGCACGGCCUCAGUGUCCAGCGAUUCCGAAUGGCAGAAAACGAAGCCGAAGCUGUUGAAGGUGGAAAAUAUCUGUUGGAAACUGGUGCUCCCGAGCUCGUCAUCAAAGCUCAGAUCCUUGCUGGUGGCCGAGGAAAGGGAACUUUCGAUACCGGAUUCAAGGGAGGAGUCCACUUCGCCACUGACCCCGUCAAGUGCGGCGAGUACGUCAAGCAAAUGAUCGGUAACCGUCUCACUACCAAGCAGACUUUGCCCGAAGGUGUCCCCGUCCAGAAGGUUAUGGUCGCCCAUGCCCUCGACAUCUCUCGAGAAACCUACCUCGCCGUCCUUAUGGACCGAGAAUUCAACGGACCAGUCAUUGUCGGAUCUCCAGAUGGUGGUAUGGACAUUGAAGAAGUCGCUGAGAAGACUCCUGAGCGCAUUUUCACCAUGCCAAUUGAUAUCAAUGAUGGAAUCAACAUGAACCAGGCCCUCGAAAUGGCCAAGAACCUCCAGUUCACUGGCGAGAAAGCCAACACCGCCGCCGAGCAAAUCAUCAAGCUUUACAACAUGUUCAUUGCUGUCGAUGCUACCCAGGUUGAGAUCAACCCCUUCGGUGAAACUCCACAGGGAGAAGUUGUCUGCUUCGACGCCAAGAUCAACUUCGACGACAACGCCGCCUACCGACAGCAGGAAAUCUUCGCCAUGGGCGACGACACCGAAACCGACCCCCGAGAAGUUGAAGCUGAAAAAUUCGGACUCAACUACGUCGGUAUGGAUGGUGACAUCGGAUGUCUCGUCAACGGUGCUGGUCUUGCUAUGGCCACCAUGGACAUUAUCAAGCUCGAAGGUGGUGAGCCCGCUAACUUCCUCGAUCUCGGUGGUGGAGUCCAGGAAUCCGGAGUCUUCGAAGCCCUCCGAAUCAUCACUUCUGAUGCUCGCGUCAAGGUCGUCCUUGUCAACAUCUUCGGAGGUAUCGUCAACUGCGAGAUCAUCGCUCGAGGUGUCAACCGAGCCUACGAAGAGCUUGGAAUCACCAUCCCACUUGUCUGCCGACUUGAAGGAACCAAUGUCGACUCUGCCAAGUCUAUUCUUGCUCAGGCUGGCCACCCAGUCAUCACUUCCGACUCAUUCGGUGAGGCUGCCGUCAAGGCCGUCGCUGCCCUGCCCAACGGCUGCUCUUCCGAGUCAUUUUCUCUUUCUGACGAGUAUCCUGCAGGCACGAAGACGGCAUACGCAACUAGUCAAAAAUUCCAGGACUCGUCUUUAUAUCUAUACAAGAACGUCCCUAAAGACUACACAUUAACUGGUCUCAGUGCGUUAUAUCGUCAUGGUACAAGAUAUCCGUCAUCGAGCAAGAUUCAAAAAUGGGCAACGCUGAUUUACAGUGUUCAAAAUAAUGCAACAGAAAAUCUUCCCGAGUGGCUUGAAGAUUGGGAGCCUCAGAUGGACGUCGAUCUCGCGUGGCUAUUAAAUGAUGUCGGCUGGGCCGAACUCAAAGGCCUCGCUUCACGCUUCAAAAGUCUCAACCCAGAAAUUUUUGACAGUAGAAGAUACUCCGUAAAAUCUUCUUUCAAAGCUCGUUGUGUUUCUUCCGCGCGUGGCUUCAUCGCCGGUCUCCAUCCCGAAGAAUACUCCGAUUUCUCUACAGAUAUGGAUCACGUGGACGCCACAGAACGAUCCGUAACAUAUCUCGAAACUGAAAUCGAAAUCAACAACCGUCUGUUGCGCUUUUUCGAUAGCUGCCGUCGCCAUGUGGAUUGGGAGGAAUCACCAAGAUGCGAAAACGAGUCCCGAAAGUUUAUCGCAGGCGGUCAUGUCUCGAGCAUACGAAAGGAAAUUGCCAGGACGUUGGGACUCAAAUACAUAACUAACAGACAAGUGGUGGAUUUGCAUCAGUUGGUGGUUUUUGAAACGGCGCUCUUUGGGAAAUCGGAGCUCAAGGAGUUUUUCAGAACAGAAGACGCAUUUGAAGUGCUGGAAUACGUCUCCGAUUUGAAGCACUACUACAAAACUGGUUAUGGCUACGCCCUUAACUACCGUUCCGCCACGCCUUUGCUCGAUGAUAUGGUUGGGAUCAUCCGGGAAAUGGUCGAAAACCCGGACGCAAAACCGAGAGCAGAUCUUUACUUCGGACAUGCUGAAACAGCUGUUCCGCUUAUGGCACUUUUAGGGCUUUUUGAAGGGGCUCCUUUGACUGCUGAUAGUUUUGUUUUAGCAAGGCACAGACGUUUCCGUUGCACAAAAAUAGCUCCUUUCGCCGCCAACAUCUCAUUUUUGCUCUACAAAAAGAAUAAUCCCGGAUCGGAAGAGGACACGCCCGGGCCGGAUUUAGUCCUCCAAGUUGCCGUCAACGAGCAUUUAGUCAAUAUUCCAGGCCAGCAUCAUACAGUUGACGUCCACGUUGCGCUAGAAUACUUCGAAAAGAAAAUAAAAAGUUGGAGUCAACACGAAUGCGAUGUUACCAAACUCAACAACGAGCUCUAG